AUGGCUAACAUGUUUGUUGUCAUUCAUGUUAUCGGAAGCUAUCAGAUUUAUGCGAUGCCAGUCUUUGACAUGUUAGAAACUGUGCUGGUAAAGAAAUUGAAGUUCAGGCCAAGUUUCAUGCUUCGCUUUAUUACAAGAAAUUUAUAUGUUGCAUUCACAAUGUUUGUUGGUAUUACCUUCCCAUUCUUUGGUGGUCUUCUUUCAUUCUUCGGAGGAUUUGCCUUUGCCCCAACAACUUACUUCCUCCCUUGCAUCAUGUGGCUCGCUAUCUACAAACCAAGGAAAUUCAGCCUAUCUUGGAUUGCUAAUUGGAUCUGCAUUGUGUUGGGAGUUCUUUUGAUGGUUUUAUCACCAAUUGGAGGGCUAAGGCAGAUCAUACUUCAAGCCAAGGGCUAUUCAUUCUACUCUUAA